ACUGGAGUCAUUGUAGAAGUCAUUGUAGGAGAUGUGAUGGGCAAUCCUGUGAAAGAAUGAAAAGGGACUCCUGGAGCUCUGCUGGGCACCUCUUUUCGCCCAGGGACUCGCCCAAGUCUCUCGCGAGUUCUCUUCCCCUGAUCUCAUCAACUAAGUGAAGAGUUCUCCAGCUCUGGAUCGCCUCCGUGAUCUCUUCUACGCAUCGAGAAGAGGUCAAUUCCCAAAUUUCCAGUGAAUUUAUUGAAGAAUGUUCUUCACGGGAGAUGCAUCCACUCGGAAGAGAGUGGAUUUGGGGGGACGGAGCUCGAAGGAGAGGGACCGGCAGAUGCUUUUGGAGCAGACGAGGCUCGAGAGGAAGCGCCGGUUGGGGUUACGGCAGCAGACCAACGCUGCCAUCAAGAUCCAGCUGCAGAAAUGCUUCAGAGGGAGGAAGGCUGUUGAAAUAGCACGUUUAGAGGUGCGAGAGCAAUUCUCCUUUACUUUUGGUAACCGUUGCCAAAAGGCAGAUUGGCGUUGUUUUGGUCCUGAUUCAGAGUUUCUUCGCCAGUUGCUUUUCUUCUUUACUGCAAACAACAAUGGUGAUGUCACCAUCCUUUUGGAGGCAUGUCACUUAUUGCUCCAAUAUGUUCAACAUAAUGGGAAUAUUUUAAGUCUCUUUGCUGGCCUGGAGUACUCUUCAAAACGUUUUCUUGUGGACCAUAGAGUAAAAAAACUUGCAUAUAUCUGUCUACAAGCAAUCUAUCAAAAUAGGAAUCAUUUGAAAAAUCAAAUUCUGAUGCCAUCCAAAUACUCUACAAUGCCAACAAUCAUUUUUCUUGAAACAGUAGUUUGUUUAACAAAUCCUGAACUUCCAUGGGUCUGCAAGAUUGUUGAUUAUCUCAUGCAGAGAAAAGUUUUCUCUUUGUUGCGUGGGAUGGUUCUAACUGGUGUGCAAAAUGUGAAGACUCCAGAGUCUUGUGAAAGUGCAUCUUCCUUGGAGCAUGUUAUUAUCCUAAUUGCUUCACAUGUUGGUCAGCAUCCGUGCUGCUGUUCAAAUGUUGACCCACAAUGGAGUUUUUCCUCACAACUUCUUACCAUUCCUUUCCUAUGGCAUCAUCUACCAUACUUCAAGGAGGUUUUUUCAUCCAGGGGACUGGGCAAAUAUUAUAUUCAUCAGAUGGCAUCAUGUUUACCUAAUCAUGUCAGAGUCCUUCCGAAUGAUGCAGCACUUGAAUAUCCAGCCCAUGCCUGCCUGCUUGGAAAUUUACUAGAGGCUGCUGGUGUUGCUUUGUCUGAACGAAACUGUGCUUCUAAUACAGCUUUAGACUUUGUAGCUGUUUCAACAUUUUUAUUGGAAGCAUUGCCAACAGUAAAAUCAUCGGCUAGAGAUCAACCAGGUGGCAAUGAUGUAAUCAUGGAAGAAGAGUUCAAGGAAACUCUUAAUAUUGAUUUAGAAAGGCAGAUAUGCAGUGCAAUGGAUUCAUGCCUUCUUCAGCAUUUGGUGAAUGCUUUGUUUAGAGAUAUAUUACACGCUGAUAUUUCUGAUAGGGAUGGGCCAUCUAGUGAGGAGGUGGAAGCUAUAAGUGCUGUUUGUGCUUUCCUUCAUGUUACAUUCAAUACGCUGCCUCUUGCACUCUUGAUGACCGGACUAGCUUACAGAACUGAGCUUGUUCCCACACUUUGGAAUUUCAUAAAAAGAUGCCAUGAGAAUAACAACUGGCCAAUAUUUUCGAAGCUAACAGCACAUUUACCUGGAGAUACUCUGGGUUGGCUAUUGCCCCUUGCUGUUUUCUGUCCAGUGUACAAGCAUAUGCUGAUGAUUGUCGAUAACGAGGAGUUCUAUGAGCAGGAGAAACCUCUCUCACUGAAAGAUACUAGAUCUUUAAUUGUAAUUCUAAAGCAGGCGUUAUGGCAGCUCUUCUGGACAAUACCUAUGCAUGCCUCUUCAUCACAAAAAUCUUCAACUAGUUUGUCCUCCAGCCAUAAGAAGCUUUCUGUGGAAAGUAUCAAAAAUAGAUCCAAGGAUGUAAUAUCUGAACUUCUAAGCCAGUUGCAAGAUUGGAAUAACAGAAGGCCAUUUGCCCCGGGUAGUGACUUCCAUUCUCAAGAAGCAAUGAGUGAAACUUUUGUUUCUCAAGCCAUACUUGGAAAUACUCGAGCUUCUGAAAUAUUGAAACAUGCCCCAUUUUUGGUGCCAUUUACAAGCAGGGUCAGAAUAUUCGCUUCACAGCUAGAAGCUUCUAGGGAAAGAAAUGGACCUCAUCAUGCAUUAUCAAGAAAUCGAUUCAAAAUAAGAAGAAAUCGAAUUCUUGAAGAUGCUUUCAAUCAGUUGAGCAUGUUGUCUGAGGAAGAUCUUCGAGGACCGAUUCGGGUAACUUUUGUCAAUGAAUUUGGAGUAGAAGAGGCUGGAAUUGAUGGGGGUGGGAUUUUUAAAGAUUUUAUGGAGAACAUUACGCAGGCAGCUUUUGAUGUGCAGUAUGGUCUAUUUAAGGAAACGGCUGAUCAUCUUCUGUAUCCAAACCCUGGAUCAGGACUGAUACAUGAACAACAUCUUCAAUUUUUCCAUUUUCUUGGAAGUCUUCUUGGAAAGGCAAUGUAUGAAGGGAUUCUUGUUGACGUACCAUUUGCAACAUUUUUUUUGAGCAAACUCAAACGAAAGCACAACUACUUGCAUGACUUGCCUUCACUUGAUCCAGAAUUGUAUCGCCAUCUCCUCUUUUUAAAGCAUUAUGAAGGUGAUGUUUCAGAAUUAGAACUGUAUUUUGUCAUUGUAAACAAUGAAUAUGGAGAACAAAGAGAAGAGGAGCUACUGCCUGGUGGGAAAGAAAAACGUGUUACUAGUGAUAAUGUUAUUCAGUUUAUUCAUCUUAUUUCCAAUCAUCGGUUAAAUUAUCAGCUCCGCCAUCAAAGUUCACAUUUUUUACGAGGGUUUGAACAGCUUAUUCAGAAAGAAUGGAUUGAAAUGUUCAACGAACAUGAAAUUCAGCUUCUUGUAUCUGGCUCGUUAGAAUGCAUGGACGUCGAUGAUCUCCGCUCAAAUGCUCAUUAUAGCGGUGGCUAUCAUCCAGAUCACCAUGUAAUUGAGAUGUUCUGGGAAGUCCUCAAAAGCUUUUCUUUGGAGUAUCAGAAGAAAUUUCUUAAGUUUGUAACUGGCUGUUCUCGUGGACCACUUCUUGGAUUUAAGUAUCUUGAACCAAAGUUUUGCAUACAAAGGGCUGCUCCUUUGAUUGUUUCUGAAGAGGAUCUUGACCGAUUACCGACAUCUGCCACCUGCAUGAAUCUGCUGAAGCUCCCACCAUAUAAAAAUGAAGAACAAAUGCGGACCAAGUUGAUGUAUGCGAUAAGUGCAGAUGCUGGUUUCGACUUGAGUUGAUGAUCACUGCUUGGAUUAAAGAUACGUCUUAUAUGAUUGUGGUGAUGACUGCAUGAGCCCGGCCCAACAGAGCCAUUCUCUUUUCCAUUGGAAUUCAAGGUCAGAUUAAGCUGCCAAAUUAUGGGAGCCAUGGCAGGGCUUCAACUUCAAAAGCUUGAAAGAUGUGGAGACAAGCUGUGAAGAACCUGUAAAUAUUGGAAAUAUUGGUAUAAAUUACACAUGCAAGCGUACAUAUGUUUGGGUCCUACAAAAUUGUAGUAUUUCAGAACAGAACUUGGAAUGUCAGAUGUCUCCAUGUGUACAUCUAUAAAACUAGAAGUGUUUAAUUAAAGCCAAUAGGCCUUUUAUUCAUCACUUAGAAAGUGUUUUUGUGUUGCUACUAUGGAUAUUAUUCAUAAUAUAGUAGAGGGAUUUAUGGGACUGGAAAGCUA